AUGAACAUGAUCUUUGAUGCCACUACUAUGGACAUUGUUGAUGAUUAUGAAGAAAGAACAAUAGAUACAAUGACCAAUGCUGUACUUCAUGAGUGGAAAGUAACCUAUCCCAACUCUGGCAAUGGAAUCCAGACUCUACCUAGAGGCACUUAUCACAAGUACAUGCCAGAACAGGUGCAAGGACUUUUUGAGUUAGUUAUUGAGAACGGAUGGACUGCUAAGAUGGCCGCCAAAAAAAUGGGCAUUAAUGUUCGUACUGGCCAAAACUAUAUUGCUCAGUAUAGAAAAGAUGAAGAACAACGUCUUCCUGGAAGUACAGGAAAAAGAUCUGUCAGCACUCCUCCCAAGCUUUUACAACAACAUUCAUCCUUUCUGAUCGUGUACUUUGAGAACAACGUUGCUGUAACUCUUCAGGAAGCACGCACUGCCCUGCUAGAAAAAUUUAAAGAUCUGACAAUCACUCUGUCUGGCCUUCAAAAGCAUUUGGUGAAUAAGUGCUGUCUAACACUGUAUAAACUUGAGAAACUUCCUGCAGCUCGCAAUUCAGAAUGGGUAAUUCAGUUAAGAAAGGACAAGGUGACUGAAUGGUUUUCCAUUUUGGAUUUUGACUAUGUCAGAGACUGCGUCUUUAUCAAUGAGGAAGGUUUCAACAUGCAUAUCAACAUUACUAUUCUUGAAGCUAUUUCCCAAAUUGGUGUAAUCAGUGUCACCUUGCGCAAACCACAGGCAGUUGUUAGCUCUAAGAAGUGCAAGUUGGAUAAGAAAGUGGAGAAGAUCAAUGGCCAUGUUAGAACCUGA